ACGCAGAUACGUACGCCCGGCCCAGGACAGGGGGAGGGGGCGGGGCAACUGGAUUGAACCACCCUCGGCGACAGGUGCCAACAGGAAAAUGGAUGACGACGAAUUUGGAGGCUUUGAGGCAGCAGUGACCUUUGAAGGUGAAGAUGGUGAAACACAAACUAUUUCUCCUGCUAUUCCUUGGGCAGCAUUUCCUGCAGUAUCUGAAGUCCAUGUACCACAAAAUGUUUCUUCAGAUGUUCUUCUGGAGCAUUCUCUGUCUUCUGCUUGCCUUGUGCCUUCUGAUUCAUUCAUCUUAUCAGGUGAUGAUGUACUGACAGCUGUUCAAACAGCCAACAGUAUUUUAAACCCAGCUGUUCUUAAAGAACAGGUUCAGUUAUCAGCCAGUUCUUCCUUGGAUAUCUCAAUUCCUUCUUUGAGUUUAACGGAAGGAAAACCUUCAGAAAAUUCAACCAUCCCUGUGGGUGACUCUGAGAAGCCGGGGAUAAAUGGAUCAAAGAAGCAUCUUCAAACAACAGUUGCAAGUCUAGAGAUUAAACUUAAAGAUGCUGAAGAAGAAAAAUGUAGAAUUAAAAAGGAGUUAGAAGAUUUGAUGGAAAAGCAUAGUAUCCUGCAAACAGAUUUCUUGAAAGAAAAGGAAGGUGAAUUCAUCUCACACCAAGAUAGCUACAAAAAGCUGCAGGAGAAACACAAGCUUGAGUUAGAAGACAUGAGGAAAGCUGGACAUGAAGCCCUGACUAUUAUUGUGGAAGAAUUUAAGGCACUAUUGCAGUCUACAGUUCAGAAGCAAGAAGAAGCCAUUGAAAAACAAUACGUAGCUGCAAUUGAAAAACACUCAUACAAGUGUGAGGAACUGCUGAAUGCUCAGCAUCAGAGACUUCUUGACAUGCUGGAUACAGAGAAAGAAGUGUUAGCACAAAAAGUAGAAGCAGCCUUGAUGCAACAAUCACAAAAACAUAAGGAAGCCCUGGAAAAAUGUUUGGAGGAACAAGAGAAUAGAAGUAAAGAGGCUUUAGCAGCUGCUGCUAAGAUUGAAAAAGAAGUAAUGCAAGAGGCCAUUUUAAAAGCAGUCGAAGAGGAAAGGAGAAACAUGGAGAAAAUUCAUGCAAAAGAAGUAGAAAUAUGGCAGGCCGAAUGUGUCAAAGACAAAGAAAAGAUUGCUCAGGCUCUGCAGGAGGCUGUGCAAGAGCAAAGAAAAACCAGUCAAGAAGUUGUUAAGGCAGCAAUAAUGGAAGAACAGAAACGAAGUGAAAAGGCUGUGGAAGAAGCUGUGAAAAGAACAAGAGAGGAAUUGAUGGAAUAUAUCAAAGAACAGAAGAGGCUCGAUCAAGUUGUCCGCCAACGUAGCCUGUGUAGUUUGGAACUAUUCCUCUCAUGUGCACAGAAGCAAUUAAGCACUUUAUUAAAAGAAGAACCAAUCACUUCAGAGCAAGAGAGAGAAACUGAAAAUCUAAACGGCAAUGAAAACAUGUGA